AUGUCACCAUUCGGUAAUAGGAAUAAAGUUAAAAGACCUAAAUUUCUAUUCAAUCUACAAAUCAAUGAACUGGUUAAUAUACCACAAUCUUCUGGUUAUUGUUUUGUUAAAUGGAAUUUUAAAGAAGGUACUGGCACCUCAGGUACCAAUAUCGCUAAUGAUUCAAAUAUUCAAAUAUCUUCACAAAAUAAAGGCUUUACUAAUCACAUUCCAAUCAAACAUCACAGAGUUCAAUGGAACUAUUCCUUGAGCAGACCUAUUCAAAUUAAAUUACAAGUGGAUAAAAAUAAAAAUAUUGUUCCAAAAAUGAUCACUUUUGAAGUGUAUCUGGAGACCACCACUCAACUUUUUCAUAGCCAAACUUCUUCUGGUGAAACACAUUCUAAUAACAGUAAUUCACCAAUAGCACCAGUGUUGUCCAAUAAAAGUUCUUUUUUAAGGACACCAUCUUUUAAAUCAUCAGCAAGUUUUGAUCUUAGAAAAUACAAUUUGAAGAUCGACGGAACAAAUAGCAUUAAUAACACCAACAAUAACAAUAAUAAUAACCUGCCAUCAUUAGGUGCCAAUAUUUAUCCUCAGAAGAAAACAGGCAAGACAUUUUUAGGGAAAAUUGAAGUUAACGUGGCCGAGUAUGUAAGACAAACUGAGGAGCCGAUCACUAAUCGGUUUUUGUUGAAAGAUUCUAAAAUUAAUUCAAUCUUAAAUGUGACAUUUCAAUUAAAGUUAAUACGAGGCUCUUAUGAGGAUUUCAAUAUUUCACAUAUCUUCACAACCGGUCAAUUAUCCAGUCCUUUCCAAAAUGGAUUGCCAAAUCUAUUGGAUAAUAGUAUGUCGGAUAUAAGUUCUACACCCACAUCAUCCACUUUUUCAACACAUAACUACAACAACAACAAUAAUAAUAAUAGUAAUAACAGUAACAGUAGUGCUAAAUCGAAUUUCCUCAUAUCACCCCCUACUCAACCUUUAACCAAAUCAAAUACAUAUUCAUAUUCAUUCAAGGCCAAUGGAUUAUCUACAAUAUCAGGUCCAAUGACCCCGUUGAUUGAUUCAUUAUAUGAAAAAACAUUCAAGUUGCCAUGGGAUGAAAGACCCAAUGAAUACUCUCCUCGUGAAUGUAUUGAAGAUAUCCUAAACGGCGGCAAUGGUUGGGCAAAGAAUGAAAAUGGGGUCGCAUUAAUUGAUCUACAAGCUUUAAGAUUAAAAAACAUCGAAUCCGAAUAUUACCAUUCUAAUAGUAAUAAUAAUAAUAAUAAUUAUAAUGACAACCGCAAUCCUACUGAUCAGCAACAAAGAAAAAAUUUCCAUUUUCUAGCAAAUAAGAUAGAUGAGAAAUAUUGGAAUAAUAUGGAUAAUAGAGAAUAUCUUGAAAGAAAACAUCAACAUCUCUUUAAUCAAAAUUCACCUACGGAUGGUGGUAUUGCCAAUAAUAGUUAUUAUCCGAACUCUAACGAAUAUUCAAUAACAUACAGUGGUAAAAAUGGACCAUUGGAUCAGGUAAUACGUAAUACUAAAUCAUGGUCUGUAAGAUAA